GAGUAACAAUGUCAUCCUAAACAUGGACAAAUCAGUGUUUCGGAAACUAACUGCUUUAAAGACCCUGAGACUGAAUGGAAAUUUCCUUGAGAAAGUGUCCAGAGAAAACUUCCACGGAUUGUCCAAUCUUCAUACUCUGGGCCUAGGAGCAAACCUGCUUCGUGAAAUUCGCAGCGGGGUGUUUCAAUAUCUUGAGGAUCUGAAAGUUUUGAGUCUACACUCUAAUAAGAUUCAAGCAAUCGAAGAGGGUGCAUUUCGGGGCCUGGAAAACUUAACAUUUCUAUAUCUUCAUAACAAUAAUUUAACAAGUAUUCAGCGGUAUUCCUUCCGAGGACUUAACUCAUUAACGACGCUUUUCCUCCAUGGAAACCCAUUGUCAGAAUCUGAUGUUGCUGCCGACACUUUCGCCGAAUUAAAAAGCCUGAAAAUCUUGAAACUCGACCAAUUUAUUCUCUGCUGCUACGCUGUGAAUACCAUUCCAAACCUGAAAUGUCAAUCACCUGACAGAGCUUUCUCAACCUGUGAUGAUUUAAUGAAAAACAAUACACUGCGCAUGUGUAUUUGGAUACUUGGACUGCUAGCCUUCAUUGGUAACUUUCUUGUGAUAAUUUGGAGAGUACGAAUGAGAGAUGAAAACAAAGUUCAGUCAUUCAUGCUUACAAAUUUAGCAUGUUCAGACUUUUUAAUGAGUGUCUAUCUAUUAAUCAUUGCUAUCAAAGAUCUCCAGUGGAAAGGCGAAUACUUCCAACAUGACGUGGCUUGGAGGAGAGGACGCCUCUGUCGAUUCGCGGGCGCGCUUUCCAUGCUUUCUAGUGAAGUGUCCGUUCUUAUGUUAUUAGCUGUAACGAUGGAUAGGUUGAUAUGUGUCGUGUUUGCGCUCAGAGUGCGGCCUCUUUCGUUCAGAUCAGCUCGUAUCAUUUGUACUUGUAUAUGGUUAAUAGGAAUCAUCAUUUCGUUUAUUCCAUGGACGGGGAUCUCGUAUUUCCAGGAUAGUGAAAGAGGUGCUGGCUUCUUUGGUAGUUCUGCGGUUUGCCUGCCACUUCAACUCUCGGAAGGCAAGCCGGCUGGUUGGGAAUAUUCCACUGCAUUCUUCAUCACCUUGAAUGGCAUUGCAUUCCUGUGUAUUUUGACUGCAUAUGUCUCAAUAUUCUGGACUGCUUUUCGUUUAAUCCACUCCUCGUCAGUCAGGCACAUGGUAAAAGCGGAAUCCACUAGAACAACAAGGUUAUUUUUCAUUGUUUUGACAGACUUUUUCUGCUGGGUGCCAAUAAUUAUUCUCGGUAUCUUAUCUUUGACUGGAGAUUUUCGUGAUCCGAAACACGAGGCAAAAGUAUGGAUCGCAGUGUUCGUGCUUCCAGUGAAUUCCGCCAUCAAUCCAAUCUUAUACACCUUUUCAACACUUGGAGUCAGAAGGAAACUUAGAGCUGCAUUUAAAAAGAGAUUUGCUGCAAAGUUGAGGUCUGGUAUAUCCCACCAAAGAGACCUGGCUGGUGGCUCUGCCAUGCCGGAAACAAUGAACUCGGAAUAUCACCAAACAGAAUCACUGGACUGUCCUCCAAGGAAGCUGCGUAUAUUAGGAAAAGCUGAUGGCUUCUCUCAAGAUCCUGAUGUGAUUUAUCUCAUUGCCGAGGAAGAAUUUGGCAGCGGGAACUCCAAAGCGUUAUUAAAAUGUUUUCCCCCAGGAAAGAACAAUGCUUUCGAUAACGAACGUAAAAUUUUGGAACGUUUGCGUGAAAUAGCCACAAGACGUGAUAUUCCUUCCCUUCAGUGGCACAGUAAAGCAAACUCUUUAGAAAUAUGUUCUACGCAAGCGUACAUCCCACAGCCCAGUGAGAAUAUGAGUAUACUAUGUUUUGAGUUCGUCAGCGGAAUCUCUCUGUUGGCUUUCAUGGAAAGGAAUUCCCCGUCCAUGAGCCUCGCUCUCGCUCACCACCUUGGUCUUGAUGUUAUCAAUGCUCUAGAGUUCCUGCAUGAUCAUGGAGUCAAUCACAACAGCAUUAUACCAGCAAAUAUCUUAUUAGUAGCAAGGUCAGGGAUCCCGCGAUGGAGAGCAAUGCUUACAAACUUUGACCGUGCCUCGGUGGAAACAAGUCAUAUUAGUGAUAUAAAAGCUUUCGGAGGUCUGCUACGGCAAAUGGUUCGACAGUGCAGUGAUGUUGACUGUCAGAUGCAGAUUGUGUUUGACUCAUGUCUUCUUAGGAAGAGAGAGGACAAAGUAACUGCGGCCAUGGUUCGUCUGCAACUCGAGGAGUCCUGGAGCUUGUAUUACAUGGAAACAAGACUUUGACUCGGCACCAUUUUACACCCGCUUUCAGUGUUACGUGCAUAGGCGACAUCUUUUGACCAUCUUUCGACAUGCAAUCUCUCGACAUGCUAUGUGAACGGCUAAAAGACCGUUUAACAGUGAAACUGGCAAUUUUUCCUGUAUUAGCGGAAAAUAUGACAAAUAAAGGAUACUUACUGACCUCAAAUCGCUGAAGACGAUUGCGGACUUUGCAUGUUUCCUGAUUUACGGGAUAAAUCAAACUAUUCGAGUGUAGUCGAUCGGCUCUCAAUAGUGACUUCCGGUAAAAUUGGGCCGUUACCGCUUUUGAUAUUCGAACGAUGUAAAUAUUCAAACAAUCAAUUUAUCUCUCACAGAAUGACUUCUUGAUGCUCCUAGCCUUAUUCUGAUGUCAAAUAAAUCCAUCGUUCAUGACUUAAAGUCGAGUUCGACCAUAAAGAAGUCCGUUGUGCUUACAUUUUUGACGUAGGCCAGGUUACAUAGCGUGUCGAAAGAUGUCGCCUAUGCAUGCACGUAACACUGAAAACGGGUGUAACAGUCCGCAAAGGAUGUUCAUGUGUGGAUUGGCUCAAGCAUAGAUAUUAGCAUUCAACUAUUCAACUUUACUUGUUGACUCACGCAGCUCGUUCAAGUAGCAUUUCCCAUUUUAAGGACAAUAAUUAUCACUGAGAGCCAGACUCUAGACAGUUCAAUAGCAAGAGUUCAAACUUUGCUUCCCAUCUUCCGUCUUUUCUUGUCGUUCUUGACGUGAUGGUAAAGGUGUAGUUUAUCCACUCACACAAGCAAGGUUCUGGGCUGUUAAAUUCUGUCAUAGUCCGUCUUUGUAGUUGGUAACGGUGAACCAAAAAGCGCUUGCUGACAUACGA